AAACUCAACCCCAGUUCGGGAGCGAAGGAAUUAAAAUAGUAUAAUAAUUAUAAAUAGAAUUGUAUAAUAAUAGUAUACUUCGCAACACAAACACAUAUCGAGCAAAUGACAAUCUGAAAUUACUAACAAACAUAAAAUCAUUGUAAAUCUGUAUAACUUACCACCUAUAAAAUAAUACAUGCAAACAAUCAUUUUACUACAAAUUAUCGCCAAUUGUAUAACAUUUUACCUACUUCGAUAAGUUAUUGUAAGGGGGAGCGGCGAGUGUAGCAAUCAGCUCACACACUUGCCCCAACCUCAAUUAAACCAACAAUACCAUUGUAUAAUGUACCACCUUUGUAAAUUAUAUGUUAAAGAAAAACGAAAAUAGAAUAAACGUAACAACACUCUCUCGACCACAUACCCACGAACACACACUAAUACACACAUUGUACAAUAAGCCCGAACACCGCCCAGGGGGUCCGACAAGGAACGAGCCGAAUACAAAAAUGCGAGGCUCGUCACCUCUGGAAGACUCCCCAACAUUCACUCACCCUGCCGACGGAGACUUGGCAACCAUAUUCAACCCCAUGGACUCCGUCGGUGGUUAACACCCCACGAAUCACGCAUCACACCUCACAGCGACACUACUCACAACAAACAGAACGACACAGGUUAUCCUGUCCCUCCUACCUCGCCCUAAGUUGUGUGGGCGAAUGGGCAACGUAUCAAAUAGCGGACCCUGCUCGCCCACACCCACCCUAUCCUAACCAGUACUCAAUUUUUCUAGAACAAAUUCCCCCCCAUACUCGAACCAUAAAAAAAAAACACAACACUAUAAUAUACCAACAAAAACAAACACAAGUUUCACAAACAAAAAAUACAAACGCCGCUACGAAUACCACUGAUAUUAUACCGAAAAUAGAUGAUGCAAUUGAUAGACAGUUAAAACAAUUUCACAUCAGAAAAACACCAGAAAAUACAUAUAGAAUAGACGAUAGGUCAAAAGGAAAAACAAAAACAUCACUUAACAGCAGUAAAAUGAAUCAGCAUAAAAGCAUAAACAUUAUGUAAAAUUUCAUGAAAGACUACGAAAAAAACUUACAUAUAAUUAAAAAUAAUCAGAUAAAAAUUUACAGGGCCAUAGACAGAUACGCGGCACGUAGUACUGAAUUCGAAACAAACUUCCUAACAACAACCAUUCUCAACGAAGUUGAAAACUCACUUCAGCAACUUUACAAUAAACUAGAAACCCUAGAAAAUGCAAUAACAUUCUCUCAUCUGGAAAAGAUGCACCCUAGUAUAUUAGAUGCGUCUUACCUAAUAGAGGAACUCAAUCAAAUACAAAAUGAAAUCAAUGGCAAUCUAGCAUUCGCCCCAAACAUCAAUAACAUCCACCUAUGGGAAAAAACGAUUAAGAUAAAAGCCUAUAGUACUAACGAAACACUAAAGUUCAUUCUAGACUUACCUAUAGUCGCCGAACAACCCUACAACCUCCUACACCUAUACUCCAUCCCUAACAACAACAACAAUACUAUCCUUAUACCUGAAAACCCCUACCUUAUCUUGGGAAAUAACGAGUUUGCGUACACCCACGAGCCCUGUGACAUCAUAACAGACAAUGAAGUCAUUUGUAAACAUCUUGAAUGGAAAACCCUCCAACAUUGCAAUGACUGCAUAGCCCAAUUGAUUCAACACCAAGAACCACAUAAUUGCACUUAUGCUAAAGCAAAUUACGAAAAUAACAAUAUCCAACAAAUCAAAGACAAUAGUUGGAUAGUUAUUAUGAAACAAUAUGAAGUUAUAAAAACAAUCUGCAAUCAAGACGUACAAUACCAACGCAAUAAGGGUGUUUUCCUAAUAACUACAGACAGCAGUUGUAAAAUCCAAAUACAACAUAGAAUCCUAUCAACCCAUCAGAAAUACAUUAACAUUAGGGAAACCAUACCACUACCCCGUGCAUAUCAAACACCAAAUGUAACCCAUAUUAAACUAAAACUAGACAGCAUAAAUCUAGACAACCUGAAGGAUGCCCUACGCCACUCAGAAGACAUCACCUUUCCUGAUGAAGAUGCAGUAACCAUCCUAUCAACACCCAGCUGGCCAUCCAUCACAAUGUACAUCCUAGUAUUCCUCACUGGAGUAGGAGUCGCAGUCUACAAGCGCUGGUGGAAACCUAGAUCGGCGCAAAUCACAGCUGAUCAUUCCGAACCUGAACCUGAGGAAGUCCAGCUUCGGUCACAGCCGUCAUUACGCCUCCAUCUUAGGGGGGGAAGAGUUAUGUUCUAGUAACUGGGUCAUUACAUAAAGACCACCAUUGUUACUUAGGAAUAAUUAAGUGAUACGUUCACAUCACGUAUCACUUCCUGGUACUUGUCACAAGAAACCAUUAUUAGUUAUAUUCCUUUAUUAUUAUGUAGAUAAGCAUUCAUGUACUCUUUGAAUGAAAUAAAGGGCAGUCUUGCUCUGCUCUUCAAGCGGAACACACCUAAAUAUUGUUUUUAAAAACCCUUUUGCUUUCGCCCACAACCUAACUCUGGUUAGUAAUUAUUUUUCAUGACCUUGUUUAUGAUACAUGUUGGAGAGAGGGGACUCCCUAACCAAACCUUAUGUUUUGUAGGACAAAUAUUUUUUCACGUUAUUUAGAUAAUUAUCUCGAUAAUUAACAAAGAAAAAUUCGGUUAGUAAUAUUUUUUUUAAAUUUUUCAAAUCAACAUAUUUUAUCCUUGCUACCCCUAUUAAGCUACAAUUUACCAACAUUACUGUAAGGAAAAACUUGGGCGUCUAGUCAAAAGGAAGCUACUCACGAAAAAUCAGCUUGAUAGUAAUAAACAAUUAAAAGUGUACCAGGGAUCCUGUACUAAAAGCUGAGUGUUCAAGAGAAGAUAGUUUGUUUUACAUUUAAUAUGAUGACAAGC